AGAACCUUUGCCCAAUGAUAGUUACGUCAAAGUUGGGACAAUAUUCCACUUUCGUCCGGAGGAUCCAGAUAGGUGUGUUAUUUGACCGUGUAUGAUCCAGGAAGCUCGAGCCUGCGAGACGUUGAUGAGGUAGUACCCUCAUCCGAAUGUGGCGCGAUACUACGGAUAAGUAUGUUGAGAGGGGUGGGCUGAUGGUCGGGUUAUGUUUUAAGAGAUACGUGCAGACGCUUAGGGAUGCUGUGGAAAAUGGUGUGAUUCUGAGGGAAGAUAUUGAAUCCUCGCUUAAUCAGAUCAAGAAGGGCGUCGAGCACGUUCACGGUCUUGGCAAGCUGGUACUCAACGACAAUGAUCCCAGUAACAUCAUACUCGACGCAGACGGGUCAUUGGUUUCUUGCCUUGAACAAAGGAAACCCAUCAAAGGAAAGAGUGGCACCUUUCCGUUCAGUAACGAGUCUGAAACAGCGGAAUUAGAGAAUGAUUUUUAUGGAAUUGAAAAGACACGGGAGUGGAUA